UGCUGACUUCUCAUAUUUUACAUUUUUGCCCGGUGUCGUGUAUUUGCCGUGAAAGACACGGAAGUCCCACCGGAAACACGUGAUUUCUUUCUGCGACCUUAUUGGCUGGUCUCGACUCGUUUUGAAAAAAAAGGUCCGUACCAAAUAACACGGAGGGAAGAUUCAAAUUUAGAGCAACAGACACGGUCAAACUAAAGCACUUACUCUUCACACAAUGAACCGACAAGCGAAAUGUAAAACACCCCGAAGGCCUCCUCCUAAAAAGCCGCCUAACAGCCAGAAAGACCCAGUCGGGGUGUAUCUCCGCGUGCGGCCGCUGGCUGCGGAAGACGAGGAGUGCUGCAUUGAGGUGAUCAGCGGCACCACCGUCCAGCUGCAUGCUCCUGAGGGCUUCAAAGUAAACCGCAAUGGCGAAUAUAAAGAGACGCAGUACUCCUUCAAAAAAGUCUUUGGCGUUUCUGUCGAUCAGAUGGAGCUCUUUGAGCAUGUGGCCAAACCUCUCAUCGUUGACCUCAUUCAUGGGAAAAAUGGUCUGCUCUUCACAUACGGUGUCACGGGAAGUGGAAAGACUUUCACCAUGACUGGUUCUCCGGGUCAGGGCGGGUUGCUGCCCCGCUCCCUUGACAUGCUCUUCAACAGCAUCGACCCUUAUCAGGCCAAAAGAUAUGUUUUUAAGACUGAUGAUAAAAACGGUGUGGAUCUUCAGUGUGAAGUUGAUGCUUUGUUGGAGCGUCAGAGGCGGGACAACGCUUUGAACAUUUCCAAAACUCCCUCCUCCAGACAGAGGGUAGAUCCUGAAAUCGGUGACAUGCUCAAACAAGAGGAGGCUUGUAAAGCAGACGGUGUGGACGAGGACAGCAGCUACAGCGUCUUUGUCUCCUAUAUUGAAAUCUAUAACAACUACAUCUACGACCUCCUGGAGGAAAUGCAGGAAGAUGCAAUCAAGCCAAAGUGGAAUGGUGGAGGGACUCCUUUGCGCCAGAACACAGAGUUCACACCACCUCAAUCUAAAACCCUUAGAGAGGAUCAGAAUCACAACAUGUAUGUGGCGGGCUGUAUGGAGGUGGAAGUCAAGUCUGCUGAGGAAGCGUUUCAAGUUUUCUGGAGAGGUCAAAAGAGAAGAAAGGUUGCAAAUACUCGGCUUAACAGAGAGUCGAGCCGAUCGCACAGUGUUUUUAUUAUCAAGCUGGCUCAGGCUCCUCUGGAUGCAGACGGUGAUAACAUUCUCCAGGACAAAAACCAGGUGAGUGUCAGCCAGCUGUGUCUGGUCGACUUGGCAGGAAGCGAGCGCACUGGUAGGACGGGAGCCGAAGGCACGCGGAUCCGUGAAGCAGGAAACAUUAACCAGUCUCUCCUGAAUCUGCGGACGUGCAUUGAAAUACUUCGGGAGAACCAAAUGUGUGGCACUAACAAAAUGGUGCCGUACAGAGACUCCAAAGUCACCCACCUGUUUAAAAACUAUUUUGACGGAGAAGGAAAGGUCCGGAUGGUCGUCUGCGUCAACCCCAAUGCAGGGGAUUAUGAGGAAACAAUGCUGGUGAUGCGUUUUGCAGAGAUGACCCAGGAGGUGGAGGUGGCUCGUCCAGUGGACAGGCCCAUAUGUGGCUUUACUCCAGGACGCCGCCAUCGGAACCAGACUUCAAAAGAGGAGCUUUCUCACAGGUUGGAGGAGCGUAGUAGUCCGAUAGACAACGGUGGAAUCUCCGUUCUGAACGGCAUGGCGCUGAGCCUGCCGCCUCUGCCCUCGUCUGAACUGACUGACCCCAACGAUGAGAUCACCCUGCCCCGGCUGAUUGAAGCGCUGCAGAACAGACAGAGGAUCCGGCAGAUGAUGGUUGAGGAAUGCAGCCGAGCAGCCAACAUGAUGAAGUCUAUGCUUCAAGAACUGGACUCCAACCUCAUUUCCAAAGAGAAUUUAAUCCACGAACAAAACGGCAGACUUGCAGAGAAAGACCGAGCGAUCCAGAGCAACAAGACUGAGAUCGAACGUUUAGAGAAGAAGGCCAAGAUGCAAGAAAACAAGAUCGUCAUUUUGCAGAAAACAACUAAGAUCUACGAGGAUGACAAGCGUUCCCUGCAGCAGGAGCUGGAAACCAGGGGGCACAGACUGCAGAGAGAGCUCUCCGACAAGAGGCGCAUGGAGCAGCGCAUGCAGGGCAUGGUCUCAGACACUCAGCACAAGUGGGAGAAGGAAUGUGAGAAACGUGUGAACGCGAUGCAGCUCGAGAUGCAGAACAAGCUGUGGGUUAAAGAUGAAAAGCUGAAGCAACUCAAGGCUAUAGUAACAGAGAGCAAGACUCCUGGUCGUUCUGAUGCUCCCCCGCGUCAGACUCAGCCUCAAACUCAGCCUCAGAGACCCUCCAGGGAGGAGAGACCCUCCAGGGAGGAGAGACCCUCCAGGGAGGAGCGACCCUCCAGGGAGAAGCGACCCUCCAGGGAGGAGCGACCCCCAGCAAAGAGAUCGGCAUCACCGUCUCCUCUUCCUAGCCCCGUUGAGUCCCCUCAGGUCAGUCCAGUGCCAGGGUCACCUGCAGUCAGAACCGUUAACCUUGAGGAGGUUGAGAUGAACCCCAGGCCGAUAUGUCCGCUCCCCAGCAGCAACAGUUCCUUAUCGGUGUCGAUUUCGGACUGCUUGCUGGAGCAGCAGGUAGCUCCGGACAGCAGGCAGGGUUUACCGUCCCCUAGUGCUCCCAAAGGAACCCAGUCUCCCGUCGGUUCCUCCGCCCCCCGAGCCAAGAGAAGAGGAGAGUGCUGUAGUAGACAGGAAGGGGCCGGCCUCCCGUCUCCCACUUUUGUCCUUGACUUGAUAGAGAGAAGCAACAGGACGACGACACCGGUGCGGCCUCUCCACCGACGGUCCCGUUCUGCCGGCGGGGAGAAAUGGGUGGACCACAAGCCGACCUCCAGCCUCGACCUGGGGACGGUGCUGCAGCCCGUCAUCCCCAACGCCAUCCAGGUGUCCACGCCCAGCGAGAAGGCCCUGUCCAAGUGCGACAGAUACGUCCUGACUCACCAGGAGGUCGCUUCUGACGGCGAGAUUCAGACCAAACUUAUUAAGGGGGACGUGAUUAAAACCAGAGGAGGAGGUCAAGCUGUUCAGUUCACCGACAUCGAGACGCUUAAACAGGAGCUCGCCACUGUCCAAAGCCGAAAAAGAAAAUCUUCAGAAGGCACCCUACCAAGUGGAGAUCAAACAGGUGGUUCUUGGACUGAUGUGGAAACACGGUGCUCUGUGGCCUUGGAGAUGAAGGCUGGAUCAAACAUGGGACCUGGAUUUGAGCAUCACGGGAUCACAAAGCGCAGAAAGCCCUGAAAGCUGCUGGUGUCUUCAACAGUUAUUCUGUAACUCCCCCCCCCCCCUCUCCUGCGCUCACCUGGCUGCUGUGCAAUAUUCUGAACUUGUUUUAUAUUUGACCUUUGUCCCAAUAUUUAUGCUUUUUUCCUCAUGAUCGAGAUAUAUAUGCAAAGGAUUUUUAGCCAUAGGUCACCAAAGUGUUUGUAAAGCAUGUUUUUGUUGCUUUUGAAGGAGUCGGUUGUUGUUGUUGCAAAUGCUCACUAUCUCCACAAUGUUGUUGUCUACUACUCAAGUUGUCUAAAUGACUUGUAUUAAGCUUCAAGUAAAAUGUAAAAAA